AUGACAAUGUCUGACGACGAAGACCUGGUCUACGUUCGUAAAUCAAAGACAGUUCACUAUGGAUCACUUGAAGAAGGAGAACGUGCUAGACUGGCAGCAGAGUCAUCAGAUGACCACAAUGAUCCAGUUGAUGGAUCGGGUCCAGCACCAGCUGCACCCGCUCCAACACCGGCAGCAAAUAUCCACGUGUCAAAUGAAUACAUGGAGCUGGAGGAUGAGAUGUCCAAAGAUAAACAAGCAUUGCUUGAGGAAUUUGAAAGGAGAAAGAAGGCACGUCAAAUAAAUGUAUCAACAGAUGAUUCAGAGGUACGUAAAACUUUACGAGUACUAGGUGAGCCAAUUUGUCUGUUUGGUGAAGGUCCAGCAGACAGACGAACUCGAUUGCGUGAAUUAUUAGCCAGUCGUGGUGAGGAUGUUAUUAAAAAGAAGCAUGACGAUGAUGAUAAACAUGUUCGUCCUCUGGAACGUGAAAUGGAGACGACCUGGUACCAUGAAGGUCCAGAUUCGUUGCAAAUAGCGCGCGCUUGGAUUGCUGAAUACUCAUUAAAACGUGCUGGUGCACGAUUACAACGUGCACGUCAAGAUUUAGCUCUACCUGGUGCUACUCGGACAGCUCAUCAGCAAGAAUUACUUCGAAAGCUACAAAGUUUGUCAACUUAUUGCUCCCAAGUUGGUGAUACUCGUCCUAUUUCUUCGUGUCAAUUUAGUCCUGAUUCUAAAAUUCUCGCAACUUCAUCUUGGUCAGGAAUAUGCAAACUUUGGUCUGUACCAGACUGCGAACUAUUAAGAACAUUGAAUGGACAUACCAGGCUCGCUGGAUGCAUUGUUUUUCAUCCUAAAGCAACGAUAACUGAACCAGUUGUUGGACCAACUGCUGGAUCAACAUGUGUAUUGGCUAGUUGUGAUGCCGAUGGUAAAGUUAAACUCUGGGCCGGUGGUUCUGGUGAUGAACCGAUUGCUGAUCUCGAGGGUCAUGAUAAACGUGUUUCCCGUAUUGCUUUUCAUCCAUCGGGAAGAUUUCUUGGUACUUGUUGCCACGACGCAUCUUGGAGACUCUGGGAUUUGGAGCAGAAAGAAGAAGUGCUGCAUCAGGAAGGUCAUGCCAAAGCUGUUCACUGUAUCAGUUUCCAGGUUGAUGGAAGUGUUGCUGCUACUGGUGGUCAUGAUGCCUUUGGACGUGUCUGGGAUUUACGUACAGGUCGGUGUAUAAUGUUUAUGGACGGUCAUUCAAAAUCUAUUUUUGGUAUUGAUUUUUCGCCAAAUGGGUUCCAAAUAGUUACAGCAAGUGAUGAUAACACUUGUAAAAUUUGGGAUUUGCGUAAACGAACAUGUUUAUAUUCAAUACCAGCGCAUACUAAUUUAUUGUCUGAUGUUAAAUAUCAACGGGGGGAUGGUCAUUAUUUGGUUACCGCUUCGUAUGAUAAUACCGCUAAAAUAUGGUCUAAUAAAACAUGGCAACCUCUAAAGACACUACAGGGACAUGAUGGAAAAGUAAUGGCCGUUGAUGUGUCACCAGAUCAUAAAUAUAUCGCUACUAGUUCUUAUGACCGCACGUUUAAGUUGUGGUCACCUGAGAAUAUGUAAAUUAAUUGUCGACUAGGUUUAAUUAAUUUGUUUAAUAAAUUUAAUUUAAAAUAA